CUACAGAGAACUGUGCGCGCUUCGGAAGAGUUGUCGUUCGCGAGACUUCGACUGAUUCGAUAAGUAGAUCACGAAGGGUCAGGCCCCUGGAAAAUGCCCGUCAAAAUCGAGGAGCUGAAAGCUGACAUCGCGGAGCUGCGCAACUUGUUAGAGACCGCUAGCCGCGCCAAAGUCAGAGAUGUACUCAGCACCGAGCUACGGAAAAUGGAAACGAUCCUGAUCUCAUUGAAAGAGGCCGCGGACAAAAACCCUCCCUCUGCCAGUGCUUCGGCGUCGAGCAACCCACCGAAAACUUCGGCUGUCAUUCCCACUGAGAAGCUUCGAGACUACGCUUGGGAUCAAUCGGACAAAUUCGUCAAAUUCUAUUUGACCGUCCCCGGUGUCCAGAACUUGGACGCGAACCUGAUCGCUUUGACCGUGACCGAGACUGGCUGCUCGCUCACGAUCUCUGCUCCCGACAAGACCAGAAUUUUCAGCAUUGAGAAACUCCUCGAGAACGUGGUCGUAGAGGAGUCACACCACAAAGUGAAAACGGACAGUAUCGUGAUUCUCCUCAAGAAAAAGAAGAGCGGCAAUUGGCCGUUCAUCACCAAGACCGAAAAGAACAUCAAAGAGGCUCGCGACGCCAAAUUCAAGCCCGAGAUAGAAUCGGAUGAUCCGUCGAAGGGCCUGAUGAGCAUGAUGAAGAAACUCUACGAGGAGGGAGACGACGAGAUGAAGCGCAGCAUCGCAAAAGCUUGGUCUCAGAGUCGGGAUGGCGGGGCCUCUUCGACAAUGGAAGGCAUGGACUUCCCGUGAAAUGGAACGAUUAGGACAUGCCGUCCGCUUGAAUAUCAAUGAUUUCUCGAACUAUCGACGCUGAUUUCUUCGGCUCACCAUCCUGAGAGUAGCGAGAGGAAUUAUUCUUUAAACUUUCUCCUCCUCGAGGCUUCGGACGAUGUGCACAAUGGAAGUAUUUCGGUGAAUAAUAAAAGAUAGCCGCUUCUCGU